AUGCGGGAACACUCCACUUUCGCCGCUCUGGGCCAGACCGACUUUUUGGACCGUGCGAUUGAUAUCGUGCAGCGCGCGAUCGACGAAGAUGUAAAACAUAACUACCAGGAGGCGUACGUGCAGUACCAAAACAGUCUCGACUACUUCAUGAUGGCGAUGAAGUACGAGAAGAAUGAAAAGCUCAAAGGACUCAUCCGAGCCAAGUUUGUCGAGUACCUGGAUCGUGCUGAGAAGCUCAAAGAGCACCUCGCCAAGGUGCAGAACGCCGAGACCGCGGCGCCGAGCAAAGGCGGGAGUGGCGCGACGAAGGCGGCCGACGAAGGCGAGGACGGCGUCGACGCCGAGACGAAGAAGCUCCGCUCGGGUCUGUCUAGUGUAAUUCUAUCGGAGCGCCCUAAUGUCAGCUGGGAUGACGUUGCGGGUCUUGCGACGGCAAAAGACGCGCUCAAAGAGGCCGUGAUCCUCCCCAUCAAGUUCCCCCAGCUCUUUACCGGCAAGCGCAAGCCGUGGAGCGGCAUCCUGCUAUAUGGCCCCCCCGGUACCGGCAAGUCGUACCUUGCCAAGGCGAUUGCGACGCAGUCCAACUCGACCUUUUUCUCCGUCUCGAGCUCCGACCUGGUCUCCAAGUGGAUGGGCGAGAGCGAGCGGCUGGUCAAGCAGCUCUUUGCAAUGGCACGCGAGGCGCGCCCAUCGAUCAUUUUCAUCGACGAGGUCGACUCGCUCUGCGGCACACGGUCCGAAGGCGAGAGCGAAGCGUCGCGGCGCAUCAAGACCGAGUUUCUGGUGCAGAUGAACGGCGUCGGAAAUGACGACCAGUCCGACGUGCUCGUUCUCGGCGCGACCAACAUUCCCUGGGCGCUCGACGUGGCGAUCAAGCGCCGCUUUGAAAAGCGUGUCUAUAUCCCCCUGCCCGACCUCGACGCGCGGCGGCGCAUGUUUGAGCUGAACAUUGGCGCGACGCCGUGCUCGCUCACGCCUAAAGACUACCGCAACCUCGCCGAGCAGACCGAGGGCUACUCUGGCUCGGACGUUGCCGUGCUCGUCCGCGAAGCGCUCAUGCAGCCCGUGCGCCGCGUGAUGAAUGCGACGCACUUUAAGCAGGUGCGCGUCGACAAGGACGGCGAGGAAAAGACGAUGUUUACGCCGUGCUCUCCCGGCGACGCCGACGCGCUCGAAAUGUCCUGGGCCGACGUCGGGUCCGACGAGCUCCUCGAGCCGCGCCUGGUCCUGAACGACUUCCUGAAAGCCAUCCACGCCGUGCGCCCGUCCGUGACGCAGGCCGACAUUGCGAAGCACAUCGAGUUUACGCAGGAGUCCGGUGUCGAAUAG